AUGAGUAACUUUAACAAUCAGCAGCAAGCACCUAUAUCAUAUCCACCACCAGGUGAAGCUUAUUCAACAUCUCAAUAUGUUACUGCCCCACCACCUAUGGGCUACCCUUCCAAAGAUGGUUCUGAAGCCUACCCUCAACAAAGGAUUCAAGACCAAACAACAACCAGAGGUGAUGGGUUCUGGAAGGGAUGCUGUGCUGCUCUGUGUUGCUGCUGUGCCAUAGAUAUCUGCUUUUAA